AUGCCGCCGCCCAACCCCGGAAAUGCACCGGAACCGAAGCAGUCACCGGGUGAGCCCCCCUUGCCCGUGCCCAGUGCCGGCCCGUCCGUCCAGCACCGCUUCCUCUCCCCGACCGAGUGGGCCCGCGUCGCCCACGGAAUCGGCGCCAUCCGCGAGGGCGAGGAGCACCAGGUCGUACACCCAACUUCUUGGUACUGGCCGCCCAAGGGCCUUCCGGACGGGUUGUACCGGGACGUGGUGAAGCAGCGGACAAAAUACUGCAUUGGCUUCCAGUUGCUCAGUUCGCUCCACUGGUUCCUGAUGAUCCUUCAAGUCAUGGUCGGCGCCGCGCUCACCGCGCUCGGCUCACUGUCUACGCGCCAUUCGACCCCCAUCACCCUGCUGGCGGCCGUCAACACGCUUGGUGCUGGCCUGAUCGGCUUGAUGCACAACAGCGGCCUGCCAGACCGGUACCGCAUGGACAAGGCUCAGUAUAUCCAGGUUGAGGAUUACAUCAGGGAAGUGCUGGACACGGGCGUUGUCGAGGCUCAGCAGAAGGUAGAGGACGUUCUCAACGAGUGCUUCACCCGGUUCCAAAAAGCCAGGGCGACGGUGCUAUGCAACAAGCCCGAGGUGUACAACAGUUCUGCGACUCCUGGAAACAAUAACGUCAUGGUCUUCCCCCACCCAUCCAUACUUGUACGUGCUCACCAAGACCGCAAAUAA